AUGACGUUUGAAAGUAGACCAACAGUAGAAGUGUUAAAGCUUCUGGAUCAACACUUGCUUAACCAUUUUGCUUUUCCUGCUGCCGAACUAGUCCGAGAACACCCACCUCGUUGGUUUUGCAAAAAUAAAAGACUUGUGUAUGACUUGUCGUGUCCCUAUGGGGCAGACUCAUUUCAUGGUACCCUGCAAUAUACACGCUGGAAAGAGUUUAGUCUACCGAAAAAAAUUCCUGUUGGUCAAAGUAUUGAUCUGAUUGUAGAAUGUGUCGAUGAUGUGUUUCAAUAUGGACCACCGGAAAUGGAGAACACUGUUUCUUGGCAUUUAAACUUUGCUGAUGCAAAUUUGUUUGGAUAUUAUGGCGGUCGUCUCUUUGCACAAGACGAAAGUCAAUGUCUAGAACAUCCUGCGCUUUGUUCUCUUGUUGAAUCGUUAUCACGUGUUCGAGUCGCCUCGCCAACAUUGACCACAAUAACCAAUUCACAAGGGGUAACACUUGCCACCCCAAUAUUAAUUCGAGGUGUAGAACGUCGAGCACAAGUGAAAACUAAUCGUAAUGAAGAGGAAGGGCGUCCAGCAGGACUAUAUGGUAACCAAUUUGCUAUUGCCAAGCCUGAAUCUGUGACUAAAGCUACUACUGUGUUUGAUCAACGUCUCGAUGCACGAGGGCGACCGUACUAUUCUAAUAUUAUCGCGAUGGAAGCUCCAAAAUAUGGCAAUGGCAAAUAUACAAUAUACACAAUACGACGUAUCCUGGCUACUGCCUAUACGGGAUUCUUGGCAGCAAAAUUUGAAAGUAUGGUCGAGUUAGGCUUACUCUCACGGAAUCACGAUCCGAAAGCUGAUAGUGCAACCACAAUCCCCGAUGAUUCCGACACAAAGUCACCGCCGAUAAUUGAGAUUCACACGGGAAAUUGGGGAUGCGGUGCCUACGGUGGAAAUAUCGCCAUAAUGUCGUUGCUACAGAUCACUGCUGCUCGACUUGCAGGCGUCAAUAAACUCGUGUAUCAUGCAGCGGGUAAAGCAAAUCAACGACAAUUUAACGAAGGCUUAAAAACUUAUAAUAAACUGGUGUUGGAAAAAGGCAAUAAUGGUGAAGGUGAAUUGGAUUUGGAUGUGUUUGUUCAUGAGGUUGAGAAGCACCACUUUCAGUGGGGUUUUAGUAAUGGUACAUGA